GUGAUCCCAGUCAACCCUCGAACGCGGUCCUGCCAAAACAUGAACAUGACGAUCGAGGGUUUUAGCAAUUCCACCCUAAAGGACAUUUUACAGAAUAUCCUCGGAUUCCAACCAAUGGGUCUGCCAAUUCUGAUCACCAUCACGGCCAUCUAUGCGAUCAUGUUCACCACAGGAAUUUUGGGAAACGCGCUCGUCUGCGUCGUCAUCGUCAAGCAGCCAAAUAUGCGCACGGCCACCAAUUUCUACCUGUUCAGCCUUGCAACCGCCGAUAUUAUCAUUCUCCUAUCUGGAAUACCCCUUGAACUGUAUGAAUAUUGGAACAACAUGCUAUGGGGACUUGGAGAGGCAGCGUGCAAAAUGCGAAUGUACGUCUUGGAAAUCGCAUCCUACGUCUCGGUGCUGACAAUCGUUGCGUUUUCGAUGGAACGAUAUUUGGCCAUUUGCCACCCCCUGCACGCGUACGCCAUGUCUGGGCUGCGAAGGGCGUCGCGGAUCGUUGCAGCCAUUUGGCUUGUUUCAAUAGCGUGUGCCAUUCCCUUCUACAUUAUUACUAGAAUUUUUGAUUACUAUGUUCAAAGACCAGAGUCUGCCAUCGAGAAAUUGUCAACUUGUCAAAUGGAAUUCGUAAAACUUGGCUCUUUUCCCGUUUUUGAAACAAGUUGCGUGGUUUUCUUUGUCAUCCCACUAUCAAUUCUCCUCAUCAUGUACACUCAAAUCGGACUGGUCGUCAGCCGUCGUAAAAAUAUUGGCGAGUCUCAAAAUAACGCCUCGUCUCAAAAACCUGUCAUCAUGAUGCUAUCUGCAGUUGUGGUUUCAUUCUUUGUUUGCUGGGCCCCAUUUCAUGCUCAGCGGAUAUUUUCGAAUUAUAUUAACGAGCUUGGCGCAUCGCCUGAGGUGAAUCAGUGGCUUUACAUAGUGACCGGCUUUUCCUACUACAUAUCGUCAACUUCUAAUCCCAUCCUUUACAAUAUCAUGUCAGAAAGAUACCGAAACGCAUUUAAGACGUUGAUUUGCGGAUACAAAAGACCUCCAUCUUUACCCACCAGCCCAAUAAGUCCAACUAGUGAAACGUCGAUGACAAAUUUCGGCAAAUUUGCUUGAAUCUUUUGACUUAUUUAAUUUUUUCAAUGGGCAUUUUUCCUCACGAUGCCUGUCAGAAUUUUACUAUCCAUCAAAAUGAGGUGAUAUUGUGAAAUUUAAUAUUUACAAGCUUAGAGAAUUAUUUUGUUUGUGAUCUUCCUAGACCGUAAGUGUUUUGCAAAAGCAAAAUAUAAACAGGAAAAAAAAAGUACUAACUGGUAAGUAAAUUUUAGCAGCUUCAAAGAUUAAAAACAUUGCAUAUUAAUAAUAAAGAAAAUAUUCCGCCUCGAUUUCAAAGUCUAAAAUAAAUCAGAUAUUAGCAAUUUGCUGUGAUCAAUUUAAUAUAUUCAUGCGUUUUUAAUCCUGAUAUUUAUAUAAUUUAAUUAAUAAAUC